GAGGAGAGAGAGAAGAGAGGAGAGAGAGAAGAGAGAGAAGAGAGGGGAGAGAGAGAGAAGAGGGGAGAGUGAGAAGAGGAGAGAGAGAGAGAGAGUCAUGGGACCUUUGAGAUUAUAAACUCCUUGUUUUUGCUGCUGUGUCAAUGUUUUGCUCUUUUUACUCAACAUACGAGUCUUUUUAAAACGUUACCGAACAACAACAUCAGUUGGACUACUAAACUACUAAACAGGAUUUUGUCUCCCUGGAAUGGAUAUAUCUGAGUCUAGUUUCUGUUGUGAGGCCAGUUCUCUGCCAGGCCAGGAUGGAGCCAGUCAGCGUCCAUGGGUGUCUUCCCCCAGCCCGGGUCCUGAUCGUGGGCUAGGACCCUUCGACCAGACCCCCCUCUCUGAAGGAUCUGGAGACUGUGGCCCCUCUGGGUCCCGUAAAGAGGCCGGUAUAGGAGCCCCGGGGAGUGGACCAUGGACAGGGACAGGUAGUCCUGACUCGACCCACCCAGGAGCACCUUCCUUGGGUAGCGGAGAAGGGAAGCCAGGGGGUGAGUCGAGGAUCCGUCGGCCCAUGAAUGCCUUCAUGGUGUGGGCUAAAGACGAAAGGAAGCGCCUGGCCGUUCAGAACCCAGACCUCCACAAUGCUGUCCUCAGCAAGAUGCUGGGUCAGUCGUGGAAGGCCCUGACUACUCUGGACAAGCGUCCCUUCGUUGAGGAGGCCGAGAGACUCCGCCUCCAGCACCUUACCGACCACCCCAACUACAAGUACCGCCCACGUCGCAAGAAACAGGCCAAAAAGCUCAAACGGGUGGAACCGGGGUUACUGCGCCACAGCCUAACCCAGGGAGGGACAGGGGAGGUCUAUGGACACCCACGGGAUAGUUACGUACAUCCAGGCCACCAUCACCCCCACCACCACCUCUUGCCUCCUCUCGGCCACUUUAGGGACCUUCACUCAGGAGACUUGGAGAGCUACGGCCUGCCCACACCGGAGAUGUCCCCCCUGGAUGUGAUGGAGGAGACAGGAGGGGACGGAGGGGUGUUCUUUCCCCCUCACAUGCAGGAGGACAUGGGCCUGCAUGGCGCUUGGAGUAACUACAACCAUUAUAACAACCACCAUCACCACAACCCUCACAGUAAUCACCCCCGUUCUUUUAGUCAGAGUCAGGGUCAUAAUCAGGGUCAUAGUGGUCAUGAUCAUCAUCUUAGCCAGAGGGGCUCCCUGCUCUGUCGUCGUCCCCAGGAGAAGUGCCUCAGCCAGGCUCCAGAGCCUACGAACUCUCCCAGUCCUUACUCGAACCUCCAGGGCUCCUCUAUAAGCCUGUCUGAGCCAAUCAAACCUCAUCUUCCUAUCAGCAGUUCCUCUGUGUCCUCUGGUUACUAUAGUUACCUGUAUAGUAGCUCUGGAUCAGACACCAACCAGUCAUCCCACUUCACCUCUCACCUGGGGCAGCUCUCUCCCCCACCUGAGUCCUCAUCCCUGGCCCCUACAUCCAACCCCUUAGUCCCCCAGUCCCUGGACUCUAUACGGGACCAGCCAGGCCAUGGUUCCUUAGGUCCUACGUCAACAGAGUUCUGGACAGAAGUGGAUCGCCAUGAGUUUGACCAGUACCUCAGUGCCAGCCGGACUCGAACGGAGGAACAUGGGGGUACUCUCGUCCCUGUUUCUAAUUCUUUGGAACGGUACGGGGGUGGAGCUAUAGCCCUGGGGAAGAGCCCUGUCGCCUGUGAGGAGAGCCAGACCAGUCCUCUAAUUUCACUUCUGUCUGAUGCUAGUAGUGUUGUCUACUACAGUACCUCUAUCACUGGCUAGACUCCUUGUCUUAGACUGAUUUAGUGUUCAGCUGUGUGCUGUAGUCUGGAAUAGUCCAGUAUAGCCUACCAGACCUGUGGCUCAACGGGUAUGUUAAAAAAAAAAUAAAAAUACAUACUUUCAAUUCUUGAGUGGCACUUGAUGUCAUUUGCACUAUGGAAUAGUAACAGACGUGCAAACUCUAAACUUAGGCAAGCACACCUCAUUAAAAAACAACAACUUUCAAGUAUUUGAACGAAUUGGACUUAGAUAUUUGACACAGGUCUACAGUUGAGGACUUGAGGACUUUCAGGGUAAGAUUUAUAGUCUGCAACAGACGACUGCAGACCACUCUAGAAUACUGAGCUCUUCUACUUACUGCCCAGACAGGCAGAACUUUUAUAAUGAUACAAAUGUUCAUUUUUAUUAUAGCCAUUUUUAUACA